CAGAACUACGUGAUCACUCGCUCGUUCUUCAGUCGCAACCAAUUAGCAAGGACAAGAAAGGUAGGUCUCCGAUGAACGCUUUGAAAUUAAUUUCAUUCAUGAAAUCAAUGCUCCUUAAAAAAAAAUGAACACACUUAAGCCCCGCACGGUGAUAUAGAUCCCUAACGGGGAUCCGGAGGUUUAAAAGAACCGUUUAAUACGGGGGCAAUUGUCUUGUUUAUUAAACGCAGCACUACCACGUGUUAAGUUUCCACUGUGUAUAAUUCCUUUAAAAACAUUUCUACCUUAGUUAUUUAAUCUAAAGGCUAUUAUUUUACUAGCGGAAAUCUUCCGCAGUUCAUUGGAAGACAAAUAUAUAUUUAUCUUUGAUUGCAUGCAAUUGUCAAUGACCACUUUAAUUGUUGCAGAAAUCUAUGAUAAAACUCCGAUAGUAAAUUUUUUGUUUUCAUAAUUCAACUAAAAUACUUCCUUAAAACACUUACCGAUGACUAGUUUGUUAAUCAAAUAACUUCAAAAAUUCUAACUUUACAAUAAUCAGUAUCUUCACUCGAACCUCCAAGAUUUUUACGGUCUAUUUUAUUGCUCUUGUAACAUGCAAUUGAGUGGCGGAGUACCAUACUAUUAGGAAUUUUGGGAUGACAAACAAACUCUGAAAACAGAGAGGAAAAGGGCAGACCUUGAAAAUCAAGAAAAGGUUAAAAACACAUUACAGUAUAAAAUAAUUCCAUUAAAGAAGCCAUGUUUAGCCGAUUUCGUUGCUACCACAUACUGAAGUGACAUUUACAAAACAAAAUUUGUAUUUCUAGUAACUUUUUUUAAAAUUAUUUAAAUACGACAAAGUUUAUAUAUGUAACGUUCUCAACGAAAAGAAGAUCUUAUUAGCAUGUUCCCAAUAUAUGGUGGAAAAGGUAAGAAUCUUUUGAUAUUCUUUUGGUGGUCCUCCUUGUAAUCCCAGUUUCAGUUCUUCUGCCGGAUAUUUCAUAAAUUAAUUCUGCUUUGUAAGUGUCAAUUUGACCCACGAAGGCCGCAGGCAGGGCCGAGGGUUAGUGAAAGAUGUCUUGUUAAACAAAAUAAGGGAAGUUGGAAGAAGAAAUAUUUAAUACAUAUUGAUUGUGGUCAUUGUGAAAUGAAAUAAAUCAAAUUUUGAAUUGCGGAUGAUCUUGAAGAUUUAAAAGUGAAUACUAUGAUCAUCGCAGUUGAGUGAAACAAUCUAAGCGGUUGAAAAAGAACCUGAAAAAAACAGUCAUGCUUGACAAGGACCUUUGCUAUGACCGGACACAACGCUGUAUCCAUCGAGCUAAUCAAGCCAAGGCCAUUGUGAGUUCCUAAUAUACCCGAAGGUAGAAAUGACAUGAUUUUUUUUUCAGGUUCUUUUUCAACCGCUUAGGUUGUUUACUCGCAUUACUUGUUUUAUAUUAAUUGUCUUUAUUUUCUUUCAAAGGUUUGUUACGCAAGAUAUAACAUGCUCCAUAUCAAUGUUAUCAAUCUGUUUGCUGUUAUAUUAAGCAAAUCAACAGAGGAUUCCGAAGAAUUGGCUUCCGCCAUCUUGCAUUAUCGGUUCUCGCCACUUUCUUGGCGCUUAAUGAUUGUUUGUAAUUUCGCCCUUUUUAUUUUCCUACCUACCACCACUGCAACGUUGUCUUCUUCUCAAAAUUCGGGGCUACAUUACUUCGAUAAAUAUUUCUACAAAAAUGAACCUUUUACCAACGAAGGUAAGGAAGGUAGAUAAAGUGCAAGUAUAGCUAGCGAUCAUUAAGGAAGCAGUCUGGCUUUUUUUUAAGGGGGGGGGGGAUGGAGCAAUCUGGUUGUUUUCUUUUUUAGGGGUGGGGGGAUGUGGGUUGAAUUGAGAAUGAACGAAUAACAGAAAGGGAAGAAAAUGGUAUUCCCCUAAACCAGGUAGUCCGAUAAUACUGAAGCAACCAUGACAACGACGAUAACGUAAAGACAAUUGAUUUUAUGAGCAAAAAGUUUUCCACGGGCAUCACGCUUCUUUGACGUCCACUGCACGACAACAACGUGAAACCUCCAAAUCCGACGAUUUGUAGAGGACGUGAACAUACUAUUAAAGUUUGUAGCCACUAAAUGAUUAUUAUUUUUUUGAACGCGUUCUAGAUGAUGAUCUUCCCAAUGAUCCUUACAUGAACUACCUCUUGUGGCCACACUUCCAUUUCAGUGGCAGAUUUCGAGCUGACGUCUCAACUGUAAACAAUAUCCCUACAAACUUCGACACGGAAAACGUUCUUAAAAGGGAACGUUCAAAAAGAAACUGGAACCCAGAUGGCACCAAUGAAUGGAGUGUGACGGGCUCUGUUACUGGCCUAUGUUACGCUGAUGGCACCUGCGUAGAAAAGAAGAAGAAUGAACAACUCCUAGGAGCACUUAUACAAGGUAUGUAUGAGAGAACAUUGAACCUGAAUAUGGGGAUAUUAGUUACUGGACCGGGGUCCUAGGGGAUCCAAAAUUCCGAAAAUUAGAAAUUUGUAUAUGCAGGAGCCCAUCAAAUGGAGCCUCCAUCUCCAUUGAUUUCUUGAGUCAACCCUUUCCCCAGUAGAGUUAUAAAUAGAACGGCUUGUUUCCCGCGAAAAGUGUCAUAUUUCCGUGAGUCUCGUAUGUCACCGUGAAAAAAAUGAAGUUGGAUGAAGUCGAACUCAGAAACCCGUCCUUCGACCGUUUUCUUUUUUACUAUACGUCCAUUUUUACAAUUUUACAGCCGCUGGGAUCUGGGUAUCAUGAAAUAAAAGUUAAUGAAUUACCCGCUGACUGAGCAUGAAGCGAUGGGACAAAGGCAGCGAACUGAGGAUCACGGAAAGGUUAUCUUUGCGAGCGUUUUUUUUUUUUGCCAUCAUACAUCCCACAUUUAAACAUACACCUUGAAAAGAGUCGACGAUUAAGCAUUCUGUGGAUGAUUUGGAACUUUUCGAUGAUCAGCGCCGAAAAAGUGCCAGGAUCAUUGGAUUUUUGUCAUCACCGCGGAGUGGAUUUCGCCGGUUAAGCACCGCGUGCAAAAGCGAUGACCUAAGUAACAACUAAGGAGGAAUGCUUCAGUUCCGAAAUUUGAGAAAUUGCAGUCUUCCCUUACAACUGACUUGUAGCACCGUGAGAGUUGCCUGAUAAAACUGGCACUUGAAAAGUAGAACAGAAGAGAACAGUUGCUCGACCGUAAAGCUAACUCAAAAGUAAUUUGCUAACGGAGGAAUUUGUGACAUUGCGCUCCAGUCCAAAGACCCACUUGUCUCAAGAAAAACAAAAUGGAUUGUAUCUGCGCCAAACUGGAAUUAUGACUGACUAACAGGACAAUUCUCGCAAUCAUUGUAGAAGUUUAGGCCAAUUCUUUCCUUCGAAUUCGCAUCUGUAGAUCACUUUUUUGCGAGAAAACAAUAGCUGGGCCCGGGGUUACAAAACAUAGCAGGGAAUCAUCACACUAGCUGACGGCAAAACAACCACAAGGACCACAAGUAUUUAUUCAGAUAAACGCAUUUCGGAAAAGAAAACUUGAAAAACUAGAAAUUUGAUUAAUAUUGAGUCAUUUAGCCCGAAAUAAGAACCUUAACGCUCAAAAAAUUGGCUAAAGAAAACGAAUCCUGUCAGAACUACAGACUGCAGGUAGUAGUUAAUCAUUACGUAUGUAAUAGACCAGCUUCAUGGCCUCUAAUGUGAGACAAGCAACCAAAAUUAAGAUUAACAUAGUCAGAGUUUAAAACUCUCCACAGUAUAAUCUACCCGCUAGAAAGAAAAGAAAGAAAAUCUCUGAGAGAUGAAAACGCUAAAGUCACGUUUCACUAGCUUAUGAUUGUGUUUGGCCUGUCAACAACGAAUUUCCCGCUGUUUGAUGAAGUACAAUAGCAGUGUCAUUACGUCAACAACAACAAACAACAACAAAUUUUAUUGAAAAUUGGAAAAUAACUAAUUACAUUACUUUCCCACCCGCAAAUAGCUUAUGAACUAAUCGAGGCGGGGGGAGCUGAAGACAUAUUACAAAACAAGAAUUAUAUAUAGAUGGACUAAAUAACAGUGAAGACACUACAAUACAGUAAAUAGAGUUUAAACUAACAUAAAACAAAAAAACAAAAAACAAGGCAUGUACAUAACGAUUACGAAGAGAGGUUAACUAAAGUAUUAAAUAACUUAAUAAGACGGGAGACUUCGACAUAAUCAUCUUCUGACCGCAAAAAAUUUAGUAAUAAUUCCUUUAUUUUUUUACGAAAGGACGAACGUUUAAGUAUUUUAAUCGAAUACGGAAUAGAGUUCCAAAUCUGGGCACCGAUUCUCGUGAAAAAGGCAUACAUUUUAUCGGUUCUAGAGAACUUAACAUAAAACGAGUCGCUAGAGACAGAUCUUGUUCUGUAGUUAUGAAUCUGACUUGUUUUAACGAACUGAUUGAGAAUAUUAACUGGUGCUGUCUGUCUGUUGAUAUCAUACAAUAAAUAGCUACAAUCUCUGAAAAAUAUGCUAGGCAGGGGAAGGCAAUUUGAUUUGAGAAAGAAGGGUACGGCGUGUUCCUUAGACUUACUGAAGUAAAUGAGACGUAAGGCCCGUUUUUGUAGAGUUACGAUCUUUCGUUGAAAUGUCAAGGCACAAUUUCCCCAACCACAAAUACCAUAAGUCAAGUAAGGGACAAUUAAUGAAUUACGUCGUUGUGAUUGGCUCUUCCCACCGUCGGCGCGCGAAGUCUCCCCUGGGAACCGUCCUAAUUAUAAAUCUACUCGGGAAAGGGUUGACUCCAAGGGCUUGUAUGGGAGAUGGAGGCACCAUUUGAUGGGCUCCUGGUAUAUGGCAAUUGCCCCAUCCCCGUGCAGACCUUAGCCUGCGAGAGCAUCCGGUUUUUUCGGCUUUAGUUGAGAAAAGCGACGACCGGAAAUACGUCUGCGGUUCGCAGGCCAGGUAGCCGUCUGAUGGAAAAAACCGGGUGUUUCUUGGUGCUGUGAAAACUUGUUGUUCGAUUUUGUUUAGUGGUAAAUUUUUGCUGUUGGAAUCCGGAAUCCUGGGUCUAAGAAUCCAUAAUCCAAGUCAAGGAAUCCAGAAUUCCGCUAACUAUCGGAAUCCGGAUUUCAAGAUCCACUGAUAAAGAAUCCGGAUCGAAUCCAGUACCUGGAAUCCGAAAUCCGAAGCGUGGAAUCCAGAAUCUAAGACUGUCUUGUAUUUUCUUAGGCGAGGCGUCCGUAACACAAAGAAACUAUAAUUAUACGUUUCUGGGAAACUGCUCCCCCUACCUUCCCUCUAGGCCAAAAUUUUGCUCUCAGUGAAGUAAGUGUUAAUGUUGACUUAGGGGACGGGUAGGUGGGUAGUUUCUCCGCAUAAGAAAAGUAUAAUGAUCCGUAGUGAACCUGGAUUAUGGAUUCUAAAAAGGACUGGGACCUAGCUAGCCAAAUUAUCGGCUUUCAAAACAAGUAUUCGGAAGAAAGACCUUUCAAGUCUCAUAGCUGACAACAGAUGUUCAAAUUGUGACUUGUGUAAUACUUGUGACCCUACUUGUUAAUUUACUUUUAGAUUAAUCAGAUUGUAGACUAUUUUACUGUUAUUAUUUUUUUAUUUAUUCAUUUUAUAUAUAAUAUUUUAACGUUAUUAAUGUAAUUUUAUAAUCUGUGAAUAUUUAUUUAUUAUAAAUAUAAUAAAUUUUAUUAACUCGGUGUCCCCGAUUAGUAGACUACUUGUAGCCAUCUAGAAGACUUUGACACGUUAACAAAGUUGUUAAUUCGUUCAUUCAUUCUUUCAUCCCGAAACUACCCGGCAAAUUCCUUACCCUGAACACAGUACUUGACAAAAUUGUUCUCGACAAAUGCCCAGCUAGGGAGGAAUUCGCACGCUUGGAAUUUAUUGCAUACCCCCUUUUUCGGACCACUUCCCUUGAAGUACAUGGUCAAGAAAACAUGUGCUUUCUUCAACGCAUUGUAGCGGUGUUCCUGACCAGAACAAGUUAAACAAUUUGUUUAUUUACUUGUUGUUUCUUGUGUAUUUGUUCAAGAUGGGAACAACAAAACGAUGGCUAAAAUGGUUGACUUGGACACUCAAGCGCAGCGUUUUACUGAGAUUUGGGGCUGGAGACUUCAAAUCGGAGACUUUUUCUCUGCUGAUUACACUCCAGUUCCAUUCCAGUACGCCUGGAGCAAACUGACUUCCGGGGGAGGGAAUGCAAGCAUUGGCACUGUUUAUCAGUCAGUGUUGUCAAAUAUCCAAUGGAUGGACAACAGUAAUAGGUCACCAUUUAUCAAACAGCUUCAGGACACAAUGAAAAAGGACAACAUUGAAAGCGAUAAACUGUCAAUACGCUUCAACUUAGAUUUGUACGGGUUACUCACAGAGCCUAAAAUAACUGGGCGCAUCGUAGGUAAGGGUAAUGGAUUAUAUAUUAGAGAAAUGCAAUGACAUGUAAUGUUUAGUUUUGAUUGAAUUAAUGUCAUCAACGUUUCUUAUUAAACGUUAUCAAGCCAAGCAAACGAAUCUGAGUUUCAGUCAGUUUUUUCAGGCAUUUAAGAUAGUUUCAUUUUCAAGGUUAACUAGGAAAAUUUUUUGAGAAUUAGAAGUGGAAAGAGUUGAUCUAUGUCACCCUGCUUGGCGUUCUUCUCGGAAUUUUUUCUCUUAAGUCAGAACCAUCCCCGUACAGUACAGUAGCUUUUCAUUUACGACAAAUUUUGUAGCCUGUGUACAGUCCCCCCGCCCCCCUCCCUCACCACCCUCGCGUGAGGGGAGGGGGCGGCUGUACCCAGGCUACUGUAGACUGUUCACAGUGUGCUGUUUUUCAGUAAGAUCGUCGAGAUCGAGCGCUCACCGUCACUGGCAGCCAUUUUGUAAUUCCUUUUAAAUUUACCAAGUGGGUUGGGGCGUCGUGUUUUAUAGCGGUGGAGGAAGGGAGGCAAGAAAUUACAUUUUUUCGCGCCUCCUCUUAAACCGUCCCCGCAUCUUAAGUAAAUGAGAUAGUCAUGUUCAAGCUAGACUCGGUCAAGAUGGCCGCCUAUAAUGCUUGUUCUCGACAAUUUUACAAAUGAAAAGUAGGGAAUGGGUACAAUCUAUAUUCUUUUGGCAAAAAAGUGUAAAAUAGUUCUAGAAGCAGCAAAUCGUUUAACUGAUAGCUUGUUUUAGAUAGCAGCGUAUACUUCACAAUUUAAUUCUUUCCAGACAUAACUUGAGUCAAGGAGAAUGAUUGUAGGUUAUUCCGGCUUUGCAAAAAAUACUUAAUUUAACGUAUUUCAACCCUUAUUCAUAUUAACCCCCCCUUUAUUUCUUCUCCAUAUCUACCAAAAUAUUUUAGGCACGAUUGGUUUGAUAGGCCGAAGUUCCCCACCGUUUUUCACUCACGGUCGCAUGAUGAACACCUUGGUAAAGACCCUCCAGGACACGCCUUUCUAUGUAGACAAGCGUACGAAAAAAGUGUUUGCAGAUUUUGGUAACACUUUUCAAGUUGAUAAAGAUGGUAAUCUCCUGACUACCAGUGCCAACCACGUGCUUCUUGUAGCAAUGACUCUUAGCAAAAACGCCUCCUUUACUUGCUCUGAUCAUAUGCAAUGGCUUGGCAUCGUGCAGAACAAAUCUCCAAAUUGGUAUCAGAGCACUGCUGGUGUCCAGGCUUUCCCUGCCUUUGGGGCUUUGUCAAGUGACGAAAUGGAGAUGAUCAGCAGUCAUCCACUGAUUCUCAUCGAGGUAUUUGAAAAGAUUGACCCUUUGUAGCUAAUCACUCACGUGGUACCAAAACGCCAUGCUGGAGAGCAAGUAGCCUUCACCAAGACUUAAUUUAACCUCAGAUAGUAACGUCUGCGAAGUAGCUCCGAUAUCCUUGUUCGGGGCCCCCAUCAAACUCAAUGAAUUACCGAAAGUGCGUUUUAAAUUUCCUCGAAGACUGAUUGGCAAAUCGACAACGGCUUUGUUAACAGGUCACUCUUAGCGCGUACUCAAAUCCUGGUAAACAGUUGGGGCCCAGAACAAGGAUUUUGGCUCUGUUUCGCAGACGGACUUAACCAGAGUUUAGUUUCGUCUGCGGCGUAGGCUAGAGAGCAAGGGACGCACUGAGACAAGAGAGACAGAGCUUACUUAAUUUAAAAUGGUAUUUUCCUUUGCUUGUCUUAUCCCACUGCUUUACUUGCGUCUAAGCAUGACGAUUUAGUUUGUACGCGAUUGAUAAACUGCAAAGGGCCUAUUUUGUACUCAACAAUCUCAAGGUCCUGUUGUUUAGAAGUCUCAAAGACUUAAAUGCCUUGUCUUCAUUAGUAGUAUAUUGUUAACGGUAAGUUUUGUUAAAGAAUUAACGGAGUGCUUAGCUUUAUAUAAAUCCAAUAACUGGGUCAAAAACUGGUAAACUUUAAAUCGCCAAAAACGCUUCUUCAAGUGUGCAAAAGUUUAUCGUGACGACGGGGCUCGAAGGGGCAAGGGGUCUUGAGAAAAAGAAAACAAUGUCUUCUGGUCCGAAGUAUGCAGGGAUACCAUCUGUUGCAGCUUGCGCAAAAGGUAUUACAGCAGUUUUGAGCUCAGGUUCUCUCCUGCAUGACAUCCAGCCGAUCGACGCGAAUCCUUUAGGUUUUGCUCUCUUUACAAAUUACGUGUAUCACUAUGUAUAUGUGCUCGGAUUAAUUUAAACCAAAUUUGUAGGACAAAGCAAACAUGAAAUGAAUUCUAUAGGUUGCAGUCGAAUGAUAAAAUCCUUAGAAUUUGAAGGAUUUUAGAGGUUUCACUAUAAUUAUAAACUUCAGGCCCAAGUAGUGUGAACGUUGGACAGCCCGUCCAUAAAUCUCUAUCCAGUGUACAACGUAAUAGGCCCUAAUCCUUAUCCGCUGGAUAAUUAAUUGUUUGUUAUAAAUAAACUUCGUUUUUGGGCCAAAUUUUUCUUGUUAGGAAACGCUGAGUUCACGAAACGGCCUCUUCUAGGCGAAUAAACGGGAGUUGUAAACAAUCCAUCGACCACAAAACUCAACAACAGUAAAUGGAAAAACGCCGUUUUGAAUCCCUCGAAGUCUUUUCUUGCCUGAAAAAAAGUCAACUCUAGGAUUCUGUCGACUUUUAAAACAUCUUUCUCUAAGAAAAUGGGGAAAAAACCGAGCUCACACAUUAUCCACUCGCUAGGAGGUGAAUAUUGUUGAAUAGUCCGAGAUAGCGAACCAAUCAGAUUGCUUAAAUCACGAAGAUCACUGAGUGUGCAUAUACUAAUGAUUUAUAUGACGGAUAGCGCUAUCCAACGUUCAAACAACCCUGGCUAGAUGAUGUUAUUGAUGGCUAUUGGACAUUUUGAGACUGCUGUAAUGAGACUUGGUUAGUUUUUUGUUGAACUGCAUUGUGGGAAUGUUUUUGGGGGAAAUUUUGACCCAGUCCCUCGCUCAACUUUGCAAUAACGUAUUCGCCACUUUAGAAACGAGAAGGUAACGUUCACAAAGACUUCUGGGUCUGUUACUAGAGACAGGCAAAUAAAAUAGCCAGUUGGGACUUUAAGAUCCAACGACGCGACGGCAACAAGAACGUAGCUUAAAAAGUGAAUUUUUGUUCUUUCGGUCUUUAUCUCGUUUAUUCCUACCCACCUACUUUGUCAAUUGUAGGCGAACCCUCCUGAAGCUGAAUUUCAAGGGACCAUAGCCACGCUCAGAAAGAGAAAUAAAAUUUCGUCGUUGCUUGUUUACGUCCUCCAUAAAACGCGAAAUUAGGCAUUUUCACGUCGUAGUCGUGCAAAAACGGGAAAGAGAUGUACAAAAGUGUGAUGCACUUGGGAAGUUUUUGUUUUGCCUAUUAAACCUAUUGUUUUUUUGACGUUCUCCUUGUCGUUCGCGUCGUUGGAUCUUAAAGUCCCUAAUAGCUAACCAGUGCGUCCCUAGCAACUAUCCUAGAAACACUUGCGGAACGCCAUUUUGGCUCCAGUUCCCUCUCUCCUCCUCGUUUCUCAAGUGGCGCUAGAAGCUAUAGCGUCCUCAAGACGAACCAGCCUCAGGCGGACAAAGUGGCUAUUGAUGGUUCCAAUUUGACCCUAUUUAUCUGCCUAUAAAUUUUUUUUAGGCGGUUGGUUCUUGGCCAGAUCUCAAGUGUAACAAGGUACUCCUGGCAGAGGCUCGAGAUGGUAUUGAUAUUCACCCUUACAGCAAUUGGGUAUUUCGUAAGAACCCAGGCGAGCCUAUAAACGUUCAGCUCUUUGCCACGCGGUUUGGGAAGCCUCUUCCGGGCGCCCGGAUCAUGGUCGAUGCUUGCAACUGCCGCAAAAUUUUUGGUUUGGGAAUUGGUCAACCAACCAUGCCUGUUCCUUCUCGAGCAAUAACAAAUGAAAAUGGAUUUGCCACAAUUGUCUUCAAUGCAGUCGAUCCAAAAAAUAACAGGAGCUAUAUUGAUGGGCAGAUUUAUUCUUUUAUAUACUCGAUCGAAGGUCGGAACAAAAAGUGCUGGGACUUGUGUACAAUUGACAAGUAUUCGCUACUAAAUUCCCUCUUUGUUAUCCGCGUUUUUGAUCGCUUCGAGUCUAAGGGGUUGGAACCAACAUGGCUUGACGACAUCUAUCCAAUCUUCAAGCAAUAUGCAGAUUUGUAUCCGGUCAUGACUAAGAACUUCUUAAAUCUGGGAAACUAUUACGAUGUUUUAAAAUACCGGAGUGCUAUAAAAAUGAGCAUGGAGCUGCCUGAAUCUCAUCCAAAUUAUAUGCCUGUAACUCGCGACCUCUCAAAAUCUAAACGUGAGGUCAUUUUGCAAUGGCUUUCUAACAAAAAUCUCGUUAUCGGAGAACCAAAGAAGUAUUAUUCGAUCAAAAACCUGCGAAGAGACUUACAGACCGCCCUUGAAUUGGAGCAUGCGACUAUACCCGUGUAUCUUACUGCGUUAGCUUCCAUCAAGCCUAACUACAACUUAGAAAUCCAGGCAAUAAUUAACACGAUUGUUGUGCAAGAAAUGAUGCAUGUGCUUCUAGUCGCUAAUAUUCUCAAUGCGGUCGGAGGGGCACCGUCUCUUUAUUCAGAAGACUUUAUUCCGAACUACCCUUCGCGACUUCCUGGUGGAGUGCAACCCGACUUAGUGGUCCCCUUAAAGAAGCUCUCGCAUGGUCUUAUAAGGAACAUCUUUAUGAAGAUAGAAGAACCAGAGCAAGAACAAGAACGCAUUUUAAGUUUUCAACACGCAUUUUUGCACGCACGCGAAACCAAAGACAUGAUGAAAAGCAAGGCCGGUCACCAGCAAAGUGGAAACGCUAGAGGUCAUACAAUAGCAAGAGGGGCUGUAGUUAGCGAUGACGGGUUCACAGACCCAUUAAUCGACGAAGAUCGGUCAUCAGCAUGUUUUACAUCAUCGUCAAGGGAACAAUUUUUUAAAGGUAAGUCGAAGAAAUACAUGUAGUUUAACACUUGGUCUCGUUACUCUAAAGUCCCGGAAUUUUUGACCCGUUUUCAAUUUUUUUACUACAACCUGAAGAAUGUUCGUGUAGCUUCUGGGAUGGUUGUUUGUCAUUUCUAGAAAGUUUCCAGAAAAACCAGUUGCAAAAAGAAAUGGAACACGGCUUUUCAAGUCGUUCCAGUGUAAUUCUGGGAUCAACGGAAUUUCUGAAAGGUAGUCCUGUUUGCUGGGUCAGAAUGUCCAAACCAAAAAUCGUGUUUCAUUUGUUAAAACUCAUCUUUGAUACCGUUCAGGCUUUCACGUCCAUUUUUCCUUCAAUGGAACUGAGCUGUGCAUGGGGGAUUGAGGGGAGGGGGAAGGACGUUUUUAUAAAUUAUUUUUUUUAGAAGUUCUUCUUUUCAGAGGCUAAAGAGUAUGGAAGAUAUUUGUGGCAAAAUUUGGUGAAAAUUGGUUGUUAUGGUUACGAAAUAUAUACGUUUUGUAUACUUUUUUGUGAAACAACAACAAAAAGUACGAAAUAGCGCCAACAGCAAGAAAUGUUUUAUUAUAAUACUCCAAUGUAAGUAGACUGCCUAUCUGCUAUUAAUAUAGUGAAUCUGAUACGAUUUACGCUUAAAACUCAUUUCUCGGCAGACUUCAAGUAUCGAGAACUAGAAAAAGUUGCUCCAAAGAUUGAACUGACAUAUGACGACAUGACCGAAGAAGAUUUCCAUCAGAAAAAACAACAGAAGGGAAAAAAGACAAAGGUAACGCUCACCCUUGGAGUCUUGUCGAAAUAAAGCCAAAUUACAAGACAGAAAACUGCUUUAAAAUUAGAUGGAAGGUUAGAAUAACACAUAAAAUGUGCAAGAAGGCAUGGAUGGUAAAAAAAUUGAAAAAGAUUACAAUGCAUAAUGCUCAGCACCGAGAUCGGAGGGCGUAAGAUAUAAUAAUGGUUCGGAGACAAAUUUUAAUGUCGCUGAAGGCUUUGAUUUUGCCAUUUACAAGCAAUUUCUUCUUCUAAUGUUUUGUCUCUCAAAGUCAGCGACGAUCGCAUUGACAUUCCGAUCAAGUCUGACAUGAAAAUGUUAAUCGUGCGAUGAAGGCAAGGAAAUCUGCUGAAAAUCUGUUCGGUUUCUUUUCUCUCUUUUAGCUAAAACAUUUUCCUGGUGACCAUUUGAAACUUUUCCGACACCACAACACAAUCGGCGGUUUCUACAAUCACAUAUUAAACGCUCUAGGCUACCUCACAAAUUGUGGAAUGGAUAACAGCAUCUUCACCGGAAACAAAAGCAAACAGGUUGAUUAUGGUGAAUGGUCUGUGCACGGCCACACUCUGAAAGUGUACGACUACCAUACAGCUGUGGAAGCCAUUGAAAAUAUCAUUGAGCAAGGCGAAGGUAGCUCUCCCUGUAACCCAGUUGCCUGGGACAUCGGAAGUGCGAGGGGACUGUCGCAUUACUUCCUGUUCAAUUCAGUGGUCGAGGAGCGUGAAAUCAUUGUGGCCGCAGCAGAUGAAAAUAGGGACAUGUUGGUAAUUAGAUUUUUGAUUGAUUCAUUUGAUUAUUCAUAUUCUUGGACCAAUUUUGGACGCAAUUAUUUCUAAAUUUUGACUGAAAAGACAAAAAUAGGCAAGAUUCACACUCACUAGACUCACUAGACUGUCUGUGGGGGGCCAGAAGGGGGGGUUGAAGGGGUGGGGGAGGGUGUUUUCGCUUUUAUAUUACUACAUGAGAAAUUUCCGCAAUUUCAUUCGCUUAGAGCAGUGGUAUUUCAGAUCAAUUUGAAAAACAUACUUGUGAAAAUUACAAAGCUUUUGUGGGUAGUAGUAUAAACAAAUAAUAGCAUGAUUUGUACGUGAUAGUUGGCAUAAAUACCACUUGUGAUAUUUCAAAAUUGUCUCAAAUUUCACGAGCCGUUAGGCGAGUGAAAUUACGUAAAACAAUUUUGAAAUAUCACUCGUGGUAUUUAUGCCAAAUAUCAGUACAAAUCAUGCUAUAUUACCUAUACAAACUGAAUGGUUAGUGUCCAAUUGAACUGUUAGCCAUCCAGUGAGGACGAGGUUGUCAAAUGAAAAGAGGGGAGAUGGUCAGUACAAGAAAGCGGUUUGAUUGGAUCUUAUUCACCAUACCAGCAAUCUUCGGAGGCGCUUAAGGACUGUUAAAAUGGGAAACACAUCACGUGGUUUCUCAAUAGGUUGAACUCGUCCCUAGGGCGUUUCCGCUCCUCCAAUUUUCUAAGGGGAAGCAACAUAGCAAAAUCUGCAGACACAAGACAACUUGAUCUGUGCAUUUUUAAAGGGAUUAACAAACUCGUCCAAUAUCGUAAUAUUGGCAGCUGUUAUCAUCUGUUUUCCUCCUGAGAAGCCACGUGACAUUGCUUUAAUUUACCCCGUCAUCAACCGUAGAGCGUGCGAAAAGAUGGGGAUGCUACCGUGAAUAAGGUCUAUAAGAGAGUCCUUGUUUACAUCUUAUUUGCCUCAUUUAAACAUAUGCUUCUCAUUAUCUGAUGAGGCUAAUUAGAUGAAACGGGAACUCUAUUUGCGCACAUGAAUUUCAAGGCGAGAUCACAUGGAAGAAGCUCAUGUCGUAUUGCUGUCAGUGUCAAACUGUUACUCUUAUAAAUUCUUCAGGAUUGCAGUGAAAGAUUCUACUUCAACGGUUCCAAGAUACCUUUUGACCCAGAUGGCGUUUGGCCGAUGGUUUCCAACCCCCGCAUGUCUAAAUACAAACCUGGCUCUAAAGCCUAUCAACGGGCAGAGUCAUUCAACAAGGUUUACACCAAGCUGAUAAGAACUCUGCAUCACGUGCUGAAUGGGCAUCCCGAAGCACUCAUUGAUUCCAUUGGCAUUAUGUACUCCGUGAAUCUUCAGCUAAAGAACCUUGUGCAGACGCCGAUUGAUGACAAUGGAGACCCUGAAGAAGGGCCAAAUGCUGGUCCUACCUUUGACUUCACACCAUAA